AUGGCCCAAGUGAUCCAUUUCGGCCCGCAUCGUGGCUUCCAGCGCCAGCGGCGCGCUGCGAGUGCGGCCCCGACAGCGCUCGAUCAUCGGGCGCUCGACGUCCAGAACGAGCGCAUCUUUAACGGCGAAUACAACCCCUUGAGUGGUUUUACGGCUGGUUCUGCGCCGGGCAGUGGCUCGGGUGGUAGCAAGCAGACCAUCUCGUUCGGCCAAGGUGCGGCGCCGUCCGGUGCCAGCGACGGCACGUCGAAUGCGAGUAGCGGCGGCGACGAUGACGACGACCAAGACAGCAGCUCGCCAACGCCGCAGCGCACUAAUUCGCCCCAGUCCAGUUCUAAUGGCCGCAAGUCGUCGUCGAGCCGCGGUAAAUCGUCGAGCGGCAAGUCGUCGAGCCGCGGCGGCGACGGCGGCGGCGGCAGGUCGUCGUCGAGCAGCAGGGGCCGCUCGACGGCCUCCUCGCAGACGCAGAAUGCCCAUUCGACGAUCCAAUCGCUUGCGACUUCGAGCACGGCGGCGCUGCCGAAUGCGAGCAACAAGAAUGCGACGGGCGGCUCGGGUGUCGGCGGCAGCGACCUCAGCGUCGGUGCUGUCGUCGGUAUUGCGGUCGGCGGUGCUGCGGGUUUGGCACUGCUUGGUCUGAUUGCAUGGCUUUUGGCACGCUGGUCGUCCAAGCCGCGCAAGACGGAGCCGAGUCCGUCUCGCAUGUACGAGCAGGGCGGCGCGCCGGUCGCGUCGAACUACAACCUGCCCCACGGCGACUCUUCUGCGUCGUUUGCCAACUCGUACGACGCGUACGCACAGCCGCUGCAGAAUGCGACGUACGAUGGCUACUAUGCCGGCAACGGCUAUGCCUACCGCGACCCUGUUGCCGAGGCGGCUUCGAAUGUGCAGCCGCCUGCGCCUGUCGCGGUGGCGAGUGCCGAGCCGAUGGGCUACGUCCCCGGCCAGGCGAUCACGGCGCCGCAGGCCGUGGCCCCUGUGAUGGCUUCCAAGAGCUCUACGCCCCGUGCGCGCACCAAGAAGCGCCGCGAUGCGCGGGCGAACGAGUGGGUGGAUGCCGAGAUUGACCCCGUGGCGGACUAUGGCCCCGACCCCUACCGCACGGCCGGCGUCGGCUCGCAGUGGGCCUCGCCCGAAGAGCUGGACGCCGACACGACGCAGCGCACCGUCUCGGACGGCCAAGGCAGCUGGCCGAGCACGUCGGAAAUGGCGAGCGACAAGCACGACGAGUACCAGGACGAGCUCGAAGAGAGUCCCCCCCGUCGGACGCGUCGCAAGAAGCGCAGCACGUCGCGCGAGCGCCCCCGCCGCAAGCGCGUUCCCCGCGCAUCCGAUGCCGCUGCCCCAGACACGGAAGAGACUGUGAGCGAUAAUGUGGCUGAUGACACCGGCAGCGAGCUGCCUUAUGCGACGCCGCGCCGGAAGCGCGCGCCGCGCCAGUUGAACCCUGACUCUACCCUGGAUAUUGAUCAAGACGCGUCCCUUGCUGCAGAGAGCCUGCGUGCUACGAAACGCCACGUUGCGCACUCCUCGCGCUCGUAA